GAUCACAGCUGGGUCAGUUAGGAGAGUCUCCAUGGAUCCAGUCCUGGUUUUGGUGCUCAGUCUGUCCUGUCUGCUUCUCCUCUCACUCUGGAAACAGAGCUCUGGGAGAGGGAAGCUCCCUCCAGGCCCCACUCCUCUCCCAAUUAUUGGCAAUUUCCUCCAGAUAGAUGUGAAGUAUAUUCAACAAUCCUUAACCAAUUUAUCAAAAGUCUAUGGCCCCGUGUUCACACUGUAUAUGGGCAUGAAGCCCGCUGUGGUGUUGCAUGGCUAUGAGGCAGUGAAGGAAGCUCUGGCUGACCAUGGGGAGGAGUUUUCUGGAAGAGGAAGGCUUCCAAUUUUUGACAAAGUUGUUAAGGGCCUGGGCGUUGUUUUUAGCAGUGGAAAUAUAUGGAAAGAUACAAGGCGCUUCUCACUCAUGACCCUGAGGAAUUUGGGCAUGGGGAAAAGGAGCAUUGAGGACCGAGUUCAAGAGGAAGCACAGUGCCUUGUGGAGGAACUGAGAAAAACCAAUGGCUUACCAUGUGACCCCACCUUCAUCCUGGGCUGUGCUCCCUGCAAUGUCAUCUGCUCCAUUAUUUUCCAGAAUCGUUUUGAUUAUAAAGAUCAGGAUUUUCUUAACUUGAUGGAAAAACUGAAUGAGAACACCAAGAUUCUGAGCUCCCCCUGGUUGCAGGUUUGCAAUACAUUCCCCGUUCUGCUUGACAUUUGUCCAGGAAGUCAUAAAAAAUUUUUUAAAAAUUAUGCUUAUAUUAAAAGUUACCUAUUGGAGAAAAUAAAAGAACAUCAAGAAUCACUGGAUGUUACAAAUCCUCGGGACUUUAUUGAUUAUUUCCUUAUUAAACGAAGGCAGGAAAACCAAGAUCAACUAUUGAACUCUACACUUGAACACCUGUCAGCAACGGUGUUUGAUUUGUUUGCUGCUGGGACAGAGACAACAAGCACGACGAUGAGAUAUGCUCUCCUCCUGCUGAUGAAGCACCCACACGUCACAGCUAAAGUCCAGGAAGAGAUUGACCGUGUGGUCGGCAGAAACCGCAGCCCCUGCAUGCAGGACAGGGGCCACAUGCCCUACACGGAUGCCAUGAUUCACGAGGUCCAGAGAUUUAUUGAUCUCAUCCCCAACAACCUGCCCCAUGAAGUGACCUGUGACGUGAAGUUUAGGAACUACCUCAUCCCCAAGGGAACAAUGGUAAUAACAUCAUUGUCGUCGGUGCUGCAUGACAACAAGGAAUUCCCCAACCCAGAGACCUUUGACCCUGGCCACUUUCUAGAUGGGGAAGGAAACUUUAAGAAAAGUGACUACUUCAUGCCUUUCUCAACAGGGAAAAGGAUUUGUGCAGGAGAAGGCCUGGCUCGCAUGGAGCUGUUUCUGUAUCUAACCACCAUUUUACAGAACUUCAAGCUGAAACCUCUGGUUAACCCAAAGGACAUCGAUACAACCCCAGUGCUCAAUGGUUUGGCCUCAGUGCCUCCUGCUUUUCAGCUCUGCUUCAUUCCUAUCUGAAGAUCAGAUGUCUGGCUCCUGCUGGGAUAUCUGCUGAGGUCACCCUGAGGCCUCAUUCACCUGUUUCUACCUAGAAAACACGCUCUGCCUCUCCCCCACUCCUCCUUGAUUCCCUAAGGUUCUGUGAACACACAUUUUCCAAUUUUCAGUUUCUGCACAAAUAUCUCUGUUGUUUUCUAUUCUCUGAAACACUGUUACCAUACCCUGUGAUGAUAUGUACCUGAUCCCAAGCUAAAUAUCAUUUCAUUAUAAAACAGAAAUUACUCUUGUCUGCAAA